AUGGCGGCGGCGGCGGCCGCGGCGGCCGUCGGGGGGCCGCAGCAGUCCCAGCCCGAGCUGCCCGCGCCGGGGCUGGCCUUAGAUAAGGCGGCCACUGCAGCGCACCUCAAGGCUGCCCUCAGCCGCCCGGACAACCGCGCAGGUGCUGAGGAGCUGCAGGCGCUGCUGGAGCGGGUGCUGAGUGCCGAGCGGCCGCUGGCCGCGGCUGCGGGCGGUGAGGAGGCGGCGGCGGCGGCCGGCGGCGGGGGCGGUCCGGGGGCGGCCGAAGAGGAGGCCCUGGAGUGGUGUAAGUGCCUUCUGGCGGGCGGCGGCGGCUACGACGAGUUCUGCGCCGCGGUGCGGGCCUACGACCCCGCGGCGCUCUGCGGCCUGGUCUGGACAGCCAACUUCGUGGCCUACCGCUGCCGGACGUGCGGCAUCUCCCCCUGCAUGUCGCUGUGCGCUGAGUGUUUCCACCAGGGCGACCACACCGGACACGACUUCAACAUGUUCCGCAGCCAGGCCGGGGGCGCCUGUGACUGCGGAGACAGCAACGUGAUGCGGGAGAGUGGGUUUUGCAAAAGGCAUCAGAUUAAAUCAAGUUCAAAUAUUCCCUGUGUUCCCAAAGACUUAUUGAUGAUGUCUGAAUUUGUUCUUCCAAGAUUUAUUUUUUGUCUUAUUCAGUACUUAAGAGACGGCUAUAAUGAACCAGCAGCUGAUGUAUCAUCAGAAAAAGACCUUAACAAAGUCCUUCAGCUUUUGGAACCUCAAAUUUCCUUUUUAGAAGACCUAACUAAAAUGGGAGGAGCAAUGAGGUCUGUUCUUACCCAGGUUUUGACAAACCAACAAAACUACAAAGAUCUAACUUCUGGACCUGGAGAAAAUGCUUGUGCAAAGAAAAGUCAUGAAAAGUACCUUAUAGCUUUGAAGAGCUCUGGACUCACAUAUCCUGAGGAUAAGCUUGUAUAUGGUAUUCAGGAGCCAUCUGCUGGUACUAGCACUCUGGCAGUUCAAGGUUUUGCAGGUGCAACAGGAACAUUGGGACAAGUAGAUUCUUCAGAUGAGGAGGAUCAGGAUGGGAGUCAAGGCUUGGGCAAGAGAAAGAGGGUAAAACUGAGCAGUGGCACCAAAGAUCAAUCCAUAAUGGAUGUAUUGAAGCAUAAAAGUUUUCUAGAAGAACUUUUGUUUUGGACAAUAAAGUAUGAAUUCCCUCAGAAGAUGGUCACUUUCUUACUCAACAUGCUUCCAGAUCAAGAGUAUAAGGUUGCUUUUACAAAAACUUUUGUUCAACAUUAUGCUUUCAUUAUGAAAACACUGAAGAAAAGUCAUGAAUCAGACACAAUGUCUAAUAGAAUUGUGCAUAUUAGUGUUCAGUUGUUCAGCAAUGAGGAGCUAGCCAGACAGGUAACAGAAGAAUGUCAGCUGCUGGAUAUUAUGGUCACUGUACUAUUAUACAUGAUGGAAAGUUGCCUUAUUAAAAGUGAACUACAAGAUGAAGAAAAUAGUUUACAUGUGGUGGUGAACUGUGGAGAAGCAUUACUGAAGAAUAAUACUUAUUGGCCUCUUGUUAGUGAUUUUAUUAAUAUUCUUUCUCAUCAAAGUGUGGCUAAGAGAUUUUUGGAGGACCAUGGUUUGUUAGUUACGUGGAUGAACUUUGUAUCUUUCUUUCAAGGUAUGAACUUAAACAAGCGAGAACUGAAUGAGCAUGUGGAAUUUGAGUCUCAGACCUACUAUGCUGCCUUUGCUGCUGAACUUGAGGCCUGUGCACAGCCAAUGUGGGGGCUCUUAUCACAUUGUAAAAUUAGGGAAACUCAAGAAUAUACCCGAAAUGUUGUAAGAUAUUGCCUUGAAGCCCUUCAAGACUGGUUUGAUGCGAUAAACUUCGUAGAUGAGCCAGCACCUAACCAAGUCACUUUUCAUCUGCCUCUACAUCGUUACUAUGCUAUGUUUUUGAGUAAGGCUGUAAAAUGUCAAGAACUAGAUUUGGAUUCUGUUUUACCAGAUCAGGAGAUGUUAAUGAAACUAAUGAUUCACCCACUCCAAAUUCAAGCAAGUCUUGCUGAAAUCCACAGCAAUAUGUGGGUACGAAAUGGCUUGCAAAUCAAAGGACAAGCCAUGACUUAUGUCCAGUCUCAUUUUUGUAAUUCCAUGAUAGAUCCUGACAUUUACUUAUUACAGGUUUGUGCUUCUAGACUUGACCCAGAUUAUUUUAUAUCAUCUGUCUUUGAACGAUUUAAAGUGGUAGAUUUAUUGACAAUGGCAUCGCAACAUCAAAAUACAGUACUUGAUGCAGAGCAUGAAAGAUCGAUGCUAGAAGGAGCUCUUACAUUUCUUGUGAUUCUUUUGAGUCUUCGUUUACAUUUAGGAAUGUCUGAUGAUGAGAUUCUCAGGGCAGAGAUGGUAGCCCAGCUAUGUAUGAACGACAGGACACAUAGUUCAUUGUUGGACCUUAUUCCAGAAAAUCCCAACCCCAAAAGUGGCAUUAUCCCAGGCAGUUACAGCUUUGAAUCAGUUUUAUCAGCUGUAGCUGAUUUUAAGGCUCCUGUUUUUGAACCUGGAGGUUCUAUGCAACAAGGCAUGUAUACUCCCAAAGCUGAAGUCUGGGAUCAGGAGUUUGACCCUGUCAUGGUCAUUCUUCGAACAGUUUACCGUAGAGAUGUGCAGUCUGCAAUGGACAGAUAUACAGCAUUUUUAAAACAGAGUGGGAAAUUCCCUGGAAAUCCCUGGCCACCUUAUAAGAAAAGGACAUCACUUCAUCCUAGUUAUAAAGGUCUCAUGAGACUUUUGCACUGUAAAACUUUACACAUUGUGCUGUUCACUCUACUUUACAAGAUUUUGAUGGAUCAUCAAAAUCUGUCAGAACAUGUACUCUGCAUGGUUUUAUAUCUGAUUGAGUUAGGACUUGAAAAUUCUACUGAAGAUGAAUCAGAUGAAGAGACAUCAUUGGGUGGACCAGAGCGUUGUCAUGACAGUUGGUUUCCUGGCAGUAACUUAGUAUCUAACAUGCGACACUUUAUAAACUAUGUUAGAGUGAGGGUUCCAGAGACUGCUCCUGAAGUGAAGAGAGAUUCACCUGCAAGCACUAGCUCUGAUAACUUGGGUUCUUUACAAAAUUCUGGUACAGCUCAAGUUUUCAGCUUAGUAGCAGAACGUAGAAAGAAAUUUCAGGAGAUCAUCAAUCGUAGUAACAGUGAAGCAAAUCAGGUGGUUCGUCCCAAAACUUCAAGUAAAUGGUCUGCUCCUGGUUCAGCUCCCCAGUUAACGACAGCCAUUUUGGAAAUUAAAGAAAGUAUAUUGUCUUUGCUAAUUAAGCUUCAUCACAAACUCUCAGGAAAACAAAACUCCUACUAUCCUCCUUGGCUGGAUGACAUUGAAAUUUUAAUCCAGCCAGAAAUUCCUAAAUACAGUCAUGGCGAUGGUAUAACUGCAGUAGAAAGAAUUUUACUAAAAGCUGCAUUGCAAAGCAGAAUGAACAAACGUAUCAUUGAAGAGAUAUGUAGAAAAGUGACCCCACCUGUACCACCCAAAAAAAUCACUGCAGCAGAGAAGAAAACCCUGGAUAAAGAAGAAAGGCGACAAAAGGCUAGAGAGAGACAACAGAAAUUGCUUGCAGAAUUUGCUUCACGACAGAAAAGCUUUAUGGAAACUGCAAUGGAUGUUGAUUCUCCUGAAAAUGAUAUUCCUAUGGAGAUCACCACAGCAGAACCACAGGUUUCUGAGGCAGUAUAUGAUUGUGUUAUCUGCGGACAGAGUGGCCCCUCCUCAGAAGACCGACCUACAGGAUUGGUUGUAUUGUUACAAGCAUCAUCAGUUUUGGGGCAGUGCCGUGAUAAUGUUGAACCAAAAAAAUUGCCCAUUACUGAAGAGGAGCAGAUUUACCCUUGGGACACAUGUGCAGCAGUUCAUGAUGUGAGGCUUUCAUUAUUACAGCGUUAUUUUAAGGAUAGUUCUUGUCUUUUGGCAGUAUCAAUUGGCUGGGAAGGAGGUGUUUAUGUACAAACCUGUGGCCACACAUUACAUAUAGAUUGUCAUAAAUCUUACAUGGAAUCAUUACGGAAUGACCAGGUUCUUCAGGGUUUCUCAGUGGACAAAGGAGAAUUCACGUGUCCCCUCUGUAGGCAGUUUGCUAACAGUGUUCUUCCUUGUUAUCCUGGAAGCAAUGUGGAAAAUAACCUUUGGCAACGUCCUAGUAACAAAAGCAUGCAAGAUCUCAUAAAGGAAGUGGAGGAACUGCAGGGACGGCCAGGAGCUUUCCCAGUAAGCAUCAGUUCAGAAACCAACUUAAGUAAAGAAAUGGAAUCUGUAAUGAAAGAUAUAAAAAAUACUACUCAGAAGAAAUAUCGAGACUAUAGCAAGACCCCAGGCUCACCAGACAAUGAUUUUCUCUUUAUGUACUCAGUUGCUAGAACCAAUUUGGAACUUGAAUUGAUUCAUCGAGGAGGCAAUUUAUGUUCAGGUGGUGCAAGCACAGCUGGCAAGAGGUCUUGUUUAAAUCAGCUGUUCCAUGUAUUAGCCUUGCACAUGCGACUUUAUAGCAUUGACUCUGAGUAUAAUCCCUGGAAAAAGCUUACUCAGUUAGUAGAAGACAUGAAUUCACAGUUGGGAAAUGAAGAACAACAGCCUGAGGUUCCAAUUCUUUAUCAUGAUGUAACAUCCCUUUUGCUUAUCCAAAUCUUAAUGAUGCCACAACCUCUACACAAAGAACACUUCACCUGCAUUGUGAAGGUGCUUUUUACCCUACUAUAUACACAGGCUCUUGCUGCACUUUCAGUUAAAUGCAGUGAGGAAGAUAGGUCAGCCUGGAAACACAUGGGAGCUCUCAAAAAGAAUACAUGUGAUGCAGAAAAGUCUUAUGAAGUGUUAUUGAGCUUUAUUAUAAAUGAAUUAUCUAAAGGAAAGUUAUACCAUGAAGAAGGAACUCAGGAGUGUGUAAUGAUUAGUCCUAUUGCUUGGUCUCCUGAAUCCAUGGAAAAGUAUUUACAGGACUUCUGCUUACCUUUCCUCAGAAUCACCAGCCUUCUUCAGCACCACCUUUUUGGGGAAGAUUUACCUAGUUGCCAGGAAGAAGAAGAAUUUUCAGUUCUUGCCAGUUGCCUGGGACUUCUGCCAACAUUUUACCAAACAGAACAUCCUUUCAUCAGUGCCUCGUGUCUGGAAUGGCCAGUUCCACCAUUUGAUAUUAUAACUCAGUGGUGUUUUGAGAUAAAAUCAUUUACUGAAAGACAUGCAGAACAAGGAAAGGCUUUGCUUAUCCAAGAAUCAAGAUGGAAAUUACCGCACCUAUUACAGUUACCUGAGAAUUAUAACACCAUUUUUCAGUACUACCACAGAAAAACCUGUAGUGUCUGCACCAAGGUUCCUAAAGAUCCUGCUGUUUGCCUUGUUUGUGGUACUUUUGUAUGCCUGAAAGGACUUUGCUGCAAGCAACAAAGUUACUGUGAAUGUGUAUUGCAUUCUCAGAACUGUGGUGCUGGAACAGGCAUUUUCCUUUUGAUCAAUGCAUCAGUGAUCAUCAUUAUUCGAGGUCACCGCUUCUGCCUCUGGGGUUCCGUGUAUUUGGAUGCUCAUGGAGAAGAAGAUCGGGAUCUUAGGCGCGGCAAACCUCUCUACAUUUGUAAGGAAAGAUACAAAGUUCUUGAGCAGCAAUGGAUUUCUCAUACUUUUGAUCACAUCAAUAAAAGAUGGGGUCCACAUUAUAAUGGGCUAUGACUCACCACCUCAGCAUUGCAUUAUAUCAUCAUUUUCAUUAAGAAUUUAUUUUAUCAACAAUAAGCUUUAACUUAAUUUGGGGAGAGUAAUGUUUUUGCUGAGGGGGAAAAAAAGAAUACAUUAUGAAGCCUUUCCAAAAUUAGGUGCUUGGUAAUCACUUAAUGGAAUAGUAAUUUUUUUUUAAGUAUCUGGAGAACAUAAUAAAUAAAUCAUUCUUUAGUGGUCAUUUUUUUAAGUGCACAAUUAAUAAAAAGCACAACUUGUCCAUAAAAUCAUUCAGAAGUUAUUCUCCCAACAAUGCAUAUCAGCUAUUCAUUGAUACUUAGAAUGGGUGUGAUUUAUUUGAAAUUUUAUUGCUCCUUUCUAUCUGUGUUUUAAUUUGCAUCUGCUAAACAUAAUGCAUCUUUUUCCUCUGCCAUUCUUGUGUUAAUUUGAAAUUUUUGCUGUAUGUAAGUAGAAAAAAUGUAAAACAUGAUUUAUGUGAAAUAUUGUAUAGUAAAAGUUAGUCUAAUAGUAGAAUCUUAAUUUUUUUUUCUUAUUGUGAGGAAUCGUUAAAAGUUUAAGGCUUUGCUGAAAACUUAAUUCAUUCUCAGGAAUUUCAUAAAUAUUCUCCCCAGGUAAAUGAAAUAGUUGUAAAAUAAGUAGAUAGCGCUGUUUAUAUAAAUACAAUACAUUUUGAAGGGCAUAUGUGUGAUUGAGGGGGGGUCCUUAAUAAUUAAAAUUUGUGAACUGAAGGUGUAGCUCAGUGGUAAAGCACUUGCCUAGCAUGUGUGAGGCACUGAGUUCUAUCCUGAGCACUGCAAAAGAAAAAAAGAGAAACCAAAAGAUUUAAGAAAAUCCACAUGACAAAUUUUGAUCCUGUGCAUGCCCACCUUUUAUUACCAACCAAGUUUUUGUUUAUAUGAUUGGAUUGGAAAUACUGUAACUUCCCAACUAAUGAACUGAACCGUAAGUUUUGGAACUUUCUUAUCAGCUCAAGAGAUUCAGUUACAUUGUAUUCAUGCAGUGGAAUCACUUCUGUUUCUGCUUGGUUUACUAUAAGGAGAAAAAAAGGCUCAGUGGUGAUGAACCUCAUGAAUGAACAGUACAUGAAAAGCAAUUUUUGUUUGUAAGGGUUUUUAAAUCAGUAAAAAUGGGAUGAUUGAGCUACAAUCUACUCUAUAAUAAGUACAUGGAAAGCAUGUUAUACAUUGCUACCAAGAUUUUUUCCAGAUGACUCAGUAAUUUGAUGAUUAUUUCAUAUAUCGUGCUAUUGAGCAAUUCCUGGUACUUUGGAAUUUCAUGGCUUGUUAUAUAAAAUUAUAAUUUUACAUGAAAAAUAAAAUUUAAAACAUCUAAUGAUAAAACGUAAAAAUAACAUCAGAUCCAUGUUCUAAAAUUUUUUUGAAUGAUAUGGCAUUACCGAAUAUGAAAAUAAACAUUAAAUGAUGGCCUUGCAUUAUAAUAGGGAAAGCAGAGUAGUACAUAUUCAACUGUGUUCAGAACAUCAAUAAAUUACCUACAGCUCUACAAGAAAAUACAUGGAAAUAGCCUGCUAUUUUUAUAUACAUUUCCAAAAUAUUCAGACAACUUUCUGUAAGACUAGAAUGAUUCUGUUUCACUAAAUCACUGUCCUUUCCAACACAUUGCUACUUUUUAAAAUACUGUAUCAUAAGUUCAGCCUGUCAUAUUUUUUGCAUUGGUCAUUAUGAAUACCAGACCAUUUGUAAGUGUGGUUGAAGAGCAAAAUACUAAUUCACAUCUCUAGUAAAUACUGUUACAGGAUUCAUGAACUUGAAUAAUUCUACAGUUUGAAACUGAUGCUAUAUAUACCUGGUAUAAUGUAUUCAGACUUUGAUUACUACAUAUUUAAAAUGGAAUGUUUUAUGGUUGUGCAUAUGGAUGUGAAGUGAAAAUAUUAGCCUUAACUUUAAAAUUUGGGUAUUUGAUAGUGUUUAUUUUGAUAUUGGUGAAUUAGUCACCAGUAAAUUUUAAAAAAGCACUUGGUUGAAAAUUGUACUUGAAUACAUACAUGCAUGCUGCUAAACUAGAACUUUAAUUUUUUUCUCCAUAACUUUUAUAAGUCCCAUUUAUAAACCCACUUUUAAAAAUAACAGGUCCAAGUUAGAGUGAUGUGUGUAUAUUAUUAAAAAAAAUGUACUGGUGUGAUAUCUUGUAUGAAUGAUCAUUUAAAUACAGUACAUUACUGUAGAAGCUAAAACAGCCUUUAUAAUUAAGCAGAAAUUACAAAACUAGGAAUAACCAACAUUGUAAGAUAUGUUAAUAAAAACCUACUGUCAUUUGGUUUGUGAAAGGUC